GUGACAAUUCCCUAAAGUUGAUCUUGUGCUUUUUUAGGUCAUCCCAUGUAUUCAGUGCUUUCCUAAUGGCAUUUGAAAAAUGCUCAAUUGUGCAAAUCUGGAUCACUAGUUUGUCAACUAAACCUAAACUUUCACGUCUUUACCUACCAAAAAUAAAAGUGAAAAAGUUGCCCCGUACACCCUCCGAACAUACGUAGUACCCUUGUCCGGAAAAUAGAAAAUAAGCAAUCCAAUAAAGGCUAUAUAUAUGCACUUGAUCACUUGGAACUUACUAUAAGAGCACAAGAAGCUAGAAACGAGGGAAAAAAACCAGCUCUAUCUUUCUUCUCAACUCAAGCUCUUCUAGCUACAUAUACUUGUGAUUUUGUUUCUAUCUUAAAUAUUGCUAAAAGAAAAAGGAAAUGUCAGGGGGAGUGGAAUGGAAGGUGAACAUGCCGGAUGGGACGUCGGAGAGAUUGGAGAGAGAAAAUAUUGGGAUGGUAUCAAGAGUAUGCGUGGGAUUGAAGGGUAUGGUUGAAAGAUUUGUUUUGAAAAUAUGGAGGUUUUUGGAGAAGGCUUGGAGUAUAGGAGUGUCUGAGCCUAAGAAGGUGGUUCAUUGUCUUAAAGUAGGGCUGGCUCUUACUAUUGUCUCAUUGUUUUAUUUCAUGAGGCCUUUGUAUCAAGGAGUUGGAGGGAAUGCUAUGUGGGCAGUUAUGACAGUUGUGGUUGUUUUUGAAUACCCAGUGGGUGCGAUGCUGUCCAAAUGCAUCAACAGGAUAAUUGGAACAUUUUUUGCUGGAUCUCUCGCGAUCGGUGUUCAUUGGAUAGCAAGUCAAUCUGGGGAACAAUUUGAGCCCAUAAUUCUUGGAGUUUCUGUUUUUCUUCUUGCUUCGGUGGCUACUUUCACUCGAUUCAUUCCAACAAUCAAAGCUAGGUUCGAUUAUGGUGCCAUGAUAUUCAUCCUGACAUUCAGCUUGGUUUCUGUUUCCGGCUAUCGCAUUGAUGAACUGUUCGAGAUGGCCCACACCAGAUUUUCAACAGUUGCCAUAGGAACCUCCAUAUGCAUUCUUAUAAGCAUGUUGUUCUACCCUGUUUGGGCCGGGACCGAGCUCCACCAUCUCAUUAAUCGGAAUAUGGAAAAACUUGCUGAUUCCUUAGAUGGGUGUGUCUCAGAGUACUUCAAUGACAAUGGAGAUGUGAAAAAGAGUGAUGAUGAUCCCAACAAGAAGUUGCAAGGUUACAUAUGUGUGCUUAAUUCUAAGGCAACAGAGGAAUCCUUGGCGAAUUUUGCGAGAUGGGAGCCCACACAUGGGAACCUCAACUUCGGACAUCCAUGGAAACAAUACCCCAAGAUUGGGGCUGCAAUGCGAAACUGCGCUUGCUGUGUUGAGUCUCUCAAUAGUUGCAUCAAUUCAGAAAUUCAGGUACCCGAGUAUCUAAAAAAGAACUUCAGCGACGUAUGCAUGAGGUUGACCUCUCAUUGUUCCAAAGUGUUGAAAGAAUUAGCAGUGACAAUGAAAACCAUGACAAAGUCACCAACGACAGAUCUGUCAGUUGGAGAAAUGAAUUUCUCUGCUCAAGAGCUGCAGAAUGCCUUGAAAUCUCUACCCAAUCCGCUGCUUUUCCCCCCUCUAUCGGAAAAUGACACGAAAGGAGAGGCGACAACGAAACACUCCGGGGUAACUCUCAUAGACAUUGUUCCACUGGCUACGGCGAUAUCACUGCUGAUCGAAAUCGCAACGAGAAUCGAAAGAAUCGCGGACGAAGUCGAUGAGCUGGCAACGUUAGCAGAAUUCGACUCCGUGAGCGAUGAGAAAUCGCAACAAAAUCAGUCCAAAACAGAUCGUAUAGAUGAUGUAACAAUGAAGGCCCUCCAAAAGGUCUGAGUUCAAUUAAAAUGAAUAUACUCGGUGGCGGAUCCAGGAAUUUUCUACAGCUGGAAUAUUCCUUUUGGACUAGUCCUGUACGUGUCAAAGUCGUAGACGAACUCAAAGAAAAUGGGAACAUUGUAGAUGGUUUUAUGGUACCAAUGCUACAUGGAUCCAGGAAUUUUCUACAGAUGGAUUAUUCCUUUUGGACUAGUCUUGUAAGUGUGAAAAUCGUAGACGAACUCAAGGCAAAUGGCAACAUUGUAGAUGGUUUUAUGGUACCAAUGCUACAUAAAGUCAGUUUAAGGGUGAGUUUGAGUCUCAGCCCAUUCAAAAUUCUAAGAGAAAAGUGUUUU